CCCAAAGUGUGCUGAAGACGGACGGAACAAAACGAGAUAGUCGUAUCGAACGGAUGGACGGAAUGGGGCAAACACACACACCACGUCCAGCACGCGUAUUAUCGUCGCAGUUUGCAUGCACACGUAUUAAAGCAUAGCAAAAUAAAACCGAAGAAAAGUGACAUUUUCAUGAAUGGGCAAAGUGCGCACUUUGAAAUUAUUAUUAAAUUAUCGCAACGGGGCAGCGAAGAAUUCCUCUUUGUUUAGUGCCGGACAAAACGGUGGUGGAACUGCCCUUCGGAACACGCCUAGUCGUCGCGAGUGCCACUGCUAGGCUUACAGAGCCAACCAAAGCCAAUAAAAACAGAUAGUGAUUGUUGCAGUAUUGAAUCAAAACGGAGCGAUCAUAGGCGAUUGGAAUCCGAUCACGUUUUUCGUUUAGUCUCUUGGUUUUGUUUUAUUAGUUUAUUAUUUUGCUUUGCGUGUGGACGCGUGUAACUUCCGACCGGCGGGUGUGGACUUCGGUUGGGAUUCUUCUGUUUUUGGAACAAAACGUCACCCAGCCGCCCCGCAGCAUAGAAAGCAGGAGUAGCGGCUUCCGCACUACGAUUCUCAACGCCCUCCGAAGACAGCAGCAGUAUGGCCAACAGUCCGCGGGCCGGUGGCGGUGCACAGCGACCAAAUGGCGCCACACAGAACAAAAUCUGCCAGUUCAAGCUGGUCCUGCUGGGUGAGUCGGCCGUCGGAAAGUCGUCGCUAGUGUUACGGUUCGUCAAAGGACAGUUCCACGAGUACCAGGAGAGUACGAUCGGUGCCGCUUUCCUCACGCAAACAGUCUGCAUCGACGAUACGACGGUGAAGUUCGAGAUCUGGGACACUGCUGGACAGGAAAGGUACCACAGUCUCGCCCCUAUGUACUACCGAGGUGCUCAGGCAGCUAUUGUUGUCUACGAUAUUCAGAAUCAAGAUAGUUUUGCACGUGCUAAAACGUGGGUCAAAGAGCUUCAGCGACAGGCAUCGCCGAAUAUUGUGAUUGCGCUGGCCGGUAACAAAGCCGAUCUCGUCAACAAACGCAUGGUUGAUUACGAGGAGGCUAAGCAAUACGCGGACGAGAACGGACUGCUGUUCAUGGAGACGUCGGCCAAAACCGCUGUGAAUGUGAAUGACAUCUUUCUUGCAAUAGGUAAAAAAUUGCCUAAAAACGAGGGUGCUGGACAGCAGCAAAACAUAAGACCUACUCAGAACGAACAAAGUCGACAGAAUAGCGGUUGCUGCAGCAAGUGAUGUUAUUCAGCUGCAAGCUUUUUGUUAAUUAUAACAAAUAACGAGGAUGGUUUAAGGAAAUUUGUCAUUAUGAUGGUAGGAAGUAAGACCGAUUCCAAACUAAUUAUGCUAUACUAAGAACAAUAGUAAAAAUGAAACAAAAAUAUUUCAACAAGCCCUACAACCUUAACACAUAUACACAGAACAAGAAACACAUAGUGAAAGUAAAAUCAGCAAAAAAGAAAAUUUAAACGAUCACACAAGGCAAAAUGACUGUGCAUCAUGGAAAACUAGACAUUGUAACACAGAACCAGACCAGUAAAAUCCACACAAACUUACACAUACACACCACAGAACUAAAUACAGGCAUCUUCAUUAGAGUUCGAUGAAGACAAAUGCAGGAGAAAAGGGAAACCGGACAGAUUGUGUAAUUCCAUUUGUUAGUUGAAUCGAGCAGCAGGAGGACCGGAAAAAGUUUAUGAAUAUAACUUUACUGAAGAGAAUUAAAAACAAAAAACCAAAAAUAGUGCAACUCAUUCAAAAAGAAAGCAACACACUAAACAUAACUAACAGAAAAACCACCCUUUUUCCGUAUAGCUUUUCUUACCAUUCUUCUUCUUCCUUAUUUUCCACCUCUCAGUGCAUGAUGAGGUGGUGUGUUAUUUUUGUCCCCACCCCCUUCUAAUAUAAUGAAAUCUUCGUGGAAAUAUAUUUAUUGCUAAACUACAAACUUUAAAUAUAUUAAUAUAUUUAAUAAAAAAGAAUACAAUAUCCAUUAGUAACGACAACCACAAGGGUAGAAAAUGAACGAAGAGUGCGGGGGAAGAGCGAGAGAAAAAGAUGGUAAACGAUUUCCCUCAGAUAGGACACAAUUUAAAAGCGAGCACUUUUCCAAAAAGAUGAUGCGAGCGAGCAUAAUUUAUAGAAAACGGCACGGCAAUGAAGGGGUACGCUUUUUUGUAUCUAAAGAUCUAUUGUAAUGAGCUAAAGAGAGCGACUACCCGUUUGUUGAUUUUCUCCCAUAGAACAUUAUCGUUUUAUUAUUUUAUGAUAAUCUGCAUACGGAUUACACAGUGAAAAAAAAUGUACGAAAUUAUGCUAAAUAGUGGCGUACCAUUUAGGAAGAAGAACUAAAACUAACCACGCAGUACUACUAUUCUAUAGAUUCCAAUGCUUCUUGUAUUCAGAGCGGAUAGAUACAUCAAAUAAUUUUCGGCUAAGUUCUGUAGUAGCAUUUAAAACGCUUGUGCUGUCGUUCCCCGAAUGCCGUUUCCCCGAAAGGUACUUCGAUUCGAUGAAUGUUUGUCUGUAUGUUGCUCUCAAUGUUGAAUCACCAGCUGCUGCAAUUAAACACCGUUUUUGUUAAUUUUUUUAUUAGAUAGAGCGCUAGCUUUCGGGAAAACGGCAUUCGAGGCGAACGAGUACAGCCUGUAUAAACACCCGUCAUAUGCAACUUUGACAUAAAACUGAUUUUUGCAAUCCUAUUUCUCCUAUAUUUUAGGACCGUUUAUAUUUUUUCCAAAUCGAACAAAUCACGGACACUUUCAAACCUAGGUAAACUACGAAAAUUGUUGAAAUCAAAACUCAAGCGAUAUCAGAUACGUGUGAUUAGCUAAAAUAUAUGAUUUGAUAAGAAAUUGACCCCUCCUAAUAUAUUUCUGUGAAAGAAUUUGAUCAAAUAUUUAUUUCAGUUUCCUACACGGAGCUGACCCCCCUGUGAAUCUGUACAAUUGAAAAGGUUCUACUACGUGUGAGAUUUGUUUCUAUCUCCCACAAUUGAACAGAAGAUAUUUUUAUUCGUUACAUUUCGCCUAUUCUGUGUAGUGAUAAUACAGUAAACGGUAAAAUAAAACAAGCAGUGUAAUAUUUGACCCUAAAACCAACAAAAACCAGCGAAAGCGAAGAACAAAAGUGAAAAGAACGAAGACGAAGAAGAUAAAAUACAGUUUCAGCAUGUAAUAACCGACAUUCCUUUUUUAAAAAUCGAAUUGAAAUUAGUGAACUGAGAGUAAAAGAAAAAUCGCAACACAAUACACAUUUAUGAUGAGGAAUACAUAUAAUUGAGGACAACAAACACUGUGGGCAACAA